GUCAGCUGUCUCGUACGAAAAAAACAAGAAUUUUUCCCUCACACGUCCCGUUUUAUUGCUAGUAACCUGCCUCAAACUCAUGGCCAUGGAUGCCGGCUAACGAACACCGUACUUCAUCUUAUUGUCCGCCUAAUAUAAGCAAGCGCUCAUGUCGGAUCAUUACGUUGUAUCCCGUGCCCGUCGCGCCUGAAAAAUCAGCGUCACAUCUCCUCAGGCUUGUGCUCAGCCCCGUCAUUUAACAAGGACCCACGACGCGAAUGAGACUCGAUGUCCGACUCCUCAUCAUCAACCCCCAGACCCUGUCCGCACACAGUCAUAAGCAUCCAACUUCCCGACCUCCUCUCUUCAUGCACCCCCUUUGAACUACGCGUAAACCGGCAUUGUAGGUCUGUAUCUCGAGCGAGUGAGGCGUGGUUGGGUGAUGUAGGGUUGAAGUUGGAGUGGAAAGGGAUAAAGGUUGGGUUGUGGGCUUCUUUGUGUUAUCCUGCUGCAGAUCUGGCGCAGUUGAGGUUGACGGUGGAUUUUUUGAGCUUGUUGGUGUAUGAGCAGGAGCGGGGGGAUGAUUGUGCUAAUGAAAAUGAGGCGUUUGAUCUGAUAUCCGCUCAACUCGGUCGCAUCGCGUACAGAAGCCCAGCGUGGUACAUGCAUUUUCACAGAUACAUACGCGAGUAUCGCGAUGCAAGGCGGCGUCUUCAUUUGCUGGAUUCGACGUGUAUCCCGGAUCUGGAGACAUAUGUCGAUCUACGAAGAAACGCGUCGGGUUUGAGGAUGGUGUUUCACCUGAUUGAGUACGCGGGGGGAUUGGACCUCCCGGAACAGGCGUCUUCGCAUCCGUCAUUGAAGCAGUUGACAGACCAGGCUUGUGAUCUUAUAGCAUGGUCUGAGGACGCGAUCUCAUGCGCAAAAGGCAUGACUCCAAACUCACGACUCAACAUCGUCACCGUUCUGAUGAAAGACCGGAAUUGUUCGAUCGGGAGUGCGCUUGCGUACGUGGGCACGCUCGUGAAGCAGAGCGCGGAUGCGUUCUUGGCUACCGAGCGCCAGUUUGCUGCGUGUGCUGUGAUGAAUGACGAUACAAGGCGGUAUGUAAGGGGGUUGCGGGAUUGUAUUGUCGGGAGUGUGAAUUGGCUGUAUGAGACGGAGAGGUAUUUGGGAACGAAGGGGAAUGAGGUUAGGGCGUUUGGAUGGGUGUUUGUACCUGUCUUGGAUUGAUGUGAGUGUGAUGUGCCUGUAGGGCCAUCGUUUCGUGGGUCCCAUUUUUAAUUAGUAGCCGUACUUUGGUAUGUUCAUUCAUCUGCAAAACGACGAAAUGAACGCUUAACUUACGCGCGUUACGGACACUUACGAACGCUUACGACUUCAGUAGCGCAGUCCUCCGAUUGGUGGAAGCAUUGUGGCGAAGAUAACUUGUUAAUACAACCGCGAUAAUCUACUACUACAACUGCGAUAAUCUACAACUGCAUCAACGAGAUCUACUACGAAGAAGUUGGUAUAAUGAUUUCCACCUAGAUAGCAACAUUGGAGAGGUC